AUGGACGUGACUUUUGUGCUUGAGGGCGAGAAAACAUUCUCCAUUGAAGUGGGUUUCUACGACUCAUUCCAGGAAGUCAAAGAGAAGGUUGAGAAAUACAAGGGCAUUCCCGUUUCCAAGCAAGCGCUACUCUUCAAUGGUCAGCUUCUCCAAGAUCACGAUCAAAUCAUAGCAAGCGACAUCCACCAGGACUCCCCAAUUCAACUCCUUGUCGCCGCCGAUUCUGACAAUCUUCCCCCGUCACCAACGGUGACGCCAUUGACGCCGACACCUCCGUCGUCACCAAUGCUGCCGCCUCCGCUGUCGCCUACACCACCACCGCUGUCGCCUCUGUUGUCAGCAACAUCUCCGAUCCCGCUGGCUCCGCCGUCGCCAACAUCCUCGACGCUGCGGCCUCCGCAGUCUCCACCGAAACCUCCUUCGACCACAGUCACGUUCACGGUGAAAAACGGUGAAUACUCGAACGCAAAGCCUUUCUGCAUGGAAAUGGACCUGAUCGACACGGUUCAGGAGCUGAAGAACAGGAUUGCUAGAAUGAGGAAAUGCCGCAAAAUUAAAAGGAGCGAGAUGAUGCUGUGGUCUGAUUCAGGUGAGGAAUUGCUCGACCAUCAGUUGUUGCGAGAUUGUGGCAUUUCAAAAUUUUCAACCAUUUACGUGCGCAAAAAACAACUACCUGAACCAGAACCUACUUUCCCAAUGCUGGCGGCUCAUGUAAGCGGUGACGGAGCGAAGAUGUUGACGGUGAUGGUGUUGCCCAAGAACGGGACCGAGAAGAUACCCAUUCAGGUAAAUGCUAUUGAAAAUACGGUGGGAGAUUUGAGAGAUGUGUUGGAGAGGUAUUACAGGAAUGUUGUUCCCCCUAGUGGUGCUUAUUUUUUCACUUACAAGAACUGUGUCAUGAGCGAAACUCAUUCGUUUAAUUGGUACAGGGUUAGCGACGGUGACACCAUUCAAAUUGCCCAUGAAUACGUUGAAGAUGAUAAACAGAAGAAACCUAAACGAAAGACAUAA